AUGCUCAACAAAGCCGCAGUUGCAGGUGAAUUUGGUUAUCAUCAGCAGUGUCAAGAUGUAAAGCUCACUCACUUGUGCUUUGCGGACGACAUAAUUGUAUUCACCAACGGCACAUCGGACUCGCUAAGGGGUAUUAUGGGUGUAAUGCGCCGGUUUGCAUCGGUUUCUGGGUUACACUUAAAUGUAGCUAAGUCUUCCAUCUAUGUUACAGGAAGGAACACAUCAGCUCUCCUUACGACGGCGGCUUCAAUGGGUAUCAGUGUCGGUACAUUACCCAUCCGGUACCUAGGAAUGCCGUUAACAACGAAGACACUUUCCAGCCAUGACUAUGAACCGCUUAUACAAAAGAUUCGCGGAAAAAUGUUGUCUUGGUCCAACAGAUUUCUAUCCUUUGCAGGAAGACUACAACUGAUCCAGUCGGUCAUUACAAGCAUGGUUAACUUCUGGAGCUCGGCUUUUAUCCUACCAGCAAAGUGUUAUGACAUCAUCGAAAGCAUGUGCAGCGCGUUUCGCUGGUCGGGAUCACCUACACAAACUCACAAGGCUAAAGUCAGUUGGGAGGAUCUCAGUUUGCCUAAGGACGAAGGGGGUCUGGGUGUGAGGAAGUUCAAGGACACGGCUAGAGCCUUUGCUCUUAAACUCAUUUGGAGACUUUUCACAAAACCAGCUUCUCUAUGGGUAAGUUGGGUUACACAUUACUUGCUCAGGUAUAAUUCCUUCUGGGACGUCAGAGGAGAACAUAAUGGAUCUUGGAUAUGGAGGAAACUCCUGAAACUAAGAGAUUUGGCCUAUGAGUUUGUUAGAUUUGAUAUCAGGGAUGGUACGACUGCUUACUUCUGGGUUGACAAUUGGCUUGGAAUUGGGAAGUUGAUUAAUGUUACAGGAGCGGUUGGCACCACAUAUCUGGGUAUAUCACGACAUGCCAAAGUCAGUGACGCAGCAAGGGGCAAUACGUGGAACAUUCGAGGACGUAGAAGUCGGCGGUACCGGGAGGUUUAUGACCACAUCUUAGCUGCGGCUCCCCCUUCCCCUGGUACAGCUAGGACUUGGGAUCAACUACGGGAAAGGAAAAGUAACGUUGAGUGGUGUAAAGUGGUUUGGUUCGCACAGGGGGUUCCUAGAUUCUCCUUCGUAACAUGGCUAUCAAUAAGGAACAGGCUAUCAACGGGAGAUCGUAUGCGAACAUGGGGUAUUACUCAGGUUUGUGGCUUCUGUGGAGAGAGAAAUGAAACAAGAGAUCACCUGUUCUUCGCCUGCCCAUACUCUUACACGACUUGGGAAUCUUUAGCAAAACCACUUGUUGGACGGAACAUCAACCCCGAUUGGGAAUGGACUGUCAAUCGGAUACGAACUAUGGGAGGAAAAAGCCUCGACUCAAUCCUCGCAAGGAUGCUUUUUCAAACAGCUGUGUACUACAUCUGGAAGGAAAGAAAUUCAAGGCGUCACCACCAACGAGUGACUCAGACGGAUCAAUUAAGAAGAUUCAUAGACAAGGCAGUUCGAAACCGCAUCUGCUCUUUGCGAUACACUCAUGGCCACAAAUUGGAAGGGUUACUAAGAAGAUGGUUUCAAGUUACUCUUUAGUAUUCGGUUUGUUUCUCGU